AUGAACAAUUAUAUGCCAAAAAGUUUCGAUGAAAUAUUGAUACACCCAAAGGAUAAAUUAACCAUUUUGGACUUUUUUAUAAAUUUGAUAAAAUUUAACAAUGACCCAAUUUUAAGCACAGAAUUAGAAAAUCUUAGUAAUGUCAGACAACAUGUGGAUGUGCAAAAUUUAAAGAAUAUAUGUAUAAUUUUGGGAUCUCCUGGAAGUGGAAAAAGUACCCUAGUAAAAUAUAUAUGUGAAAAAUUAAACAUGAAAGAAUGUUAUUAUGAACCCGAAUCACAAGAACACACAAAUUUUGUUAGAAGUGCAAAUGAAGAAAAUGAGUAUUAUUAUCAUCCGUAUAAUAAUUUUUUACUUUAUUCCAAUUGCCAAGUUGGUAAUACGGAAAAAGGGGAAAUGAAUGAGGGAAAAAAACAUGAAGAAGACAAGUUUGUCAAAAAGGAUAAGGUACCUAAUAUUUCGUCAUACCAUGAAUUGGUUAGUAAUAACAAGAGAAAGAAAAAUUAUGAACAUAGAGAAAACUGGCAAUUACAAAAAAUCUUUAAAUCCGAAUCUGAGAACAAUCCAAGGAAUGGAAAAAUGAACAAAUCUGUACUAGUAGAUAUUAGUAACAGAAUUAAAAAACAAAUUGUGGAAGAUUUGGUAGAAUGUAACGAUAUGAAUGGGAAAAUAGCCAAUGGAAUUUUUAAAUUGUAUAGUGUACUUAUGAAUAUAUUCAAUCAUGCAUUUGGAAGAAGUACAUAUUAUGAAGAAGGCAAUUAUGAAUUUUUCUCUCCUAGGAUAUCUAACAAUUUUAAUAAAUUGUUACAUAAAUAUUACGUAAUGGGGAACCAAAUAUGGAAAAAAAUAAAUAAAUUACUAACAUCAUCUCAUAAUUUGAAAAAGCACAUUUUGGAAAAUUCUAUAGAAGCAGAUAAAAUAAAAAAGGAAUUUAUAAUUGAUAUGUUUGCUGAUGAUAAUCAUAGCGAGUACACAAUUAACAGAAUGAACCAUUCCUGUAAUUUACAUGAACAUAUCAGCAUAAAUGCAAACGAAUCAAACAAUUUAAACAAAUCUGUUAUUGAUACUUUGAAAUUGUACAUUAGCUUAAAGGAAGAAAUUAAUGAUGAUUUCUCUUUGGCUAACACGUUAAGAGAAGAAUUAACAAAUUUUAUUGAAAAAAAAAAAAUUAGACAAAGAACUGAAAAUUUCAUGUUAUACAGAAGAAAAUGGCUUUUCAAAAAUGACCAGGAGAAAAACGAAUUAGCACUAAAAGAAAUGAACAAAUGGACAAUUUUUCCUAACAUUCCAAAAGAAAAAAGAGACCAAAUUAAUACCAUAUCGAUUAAUGAUACCCUGAACAGUGAAGUUAAAAAGUUAAUAGAAUUACAAAAAUGUAAGGAAAUAAUCUCCGAAUUGGCAGAAACUGUAAAUUUAAAGAAAAAUUUGAAGCAAUACCUAAACCUCAGUAAUGAAUUAUACAGGCGUGAAAAUAUUAUCAGAACCCUCGAAAGUGAGGAUAUAAAUAAAUUAUCUGAAUGUGGUAGUUUGCAUAGUUAUAUAAAUACUAGAAUAGAAAAUGCAAUGACACAAGAGUGUAAAAAAAGUAAAAGUGCAAUAGAUCUAAUUAUAUUGAAUGAUUAUUAUACACAUUUAAUUAACAAUUUUCAUGUAAUGAACAAUGUAAGAGGACUAAUCCUGUGCAAUGUAUUUAUUAGCAACACUAUGUCAGAUGUAACGAUUAUCAAUUCCACCAUUGUAAGUCAUCUAAAGGGAGAAGUUCUUAAUGAUCUUAUCAAGAAAAAUAAUUCACCCAAAAGAGGAAGUGAUGAAAGUUCUCAGACGGAGCCCAAAAUUUUUUCAGAAGUAAUGGAAACAAAAUUGAUUUCACUAUUUCCCAAUUCGAUGAAUUAUAUCUCAACAAAUUUUGAUGUGUCUAACCAUAAUACACACCACACACAUAUGAAACGUUUAAUGGAAGAUGAAAAGAACGUUUUAGAGAAUAUCACAAACAAUUUAAUGUGUCUCAGUAACUCAUCAGGAAGAAUAAGUGAUGAUUUACAUCUGCCAGAAAAGGCACGAAUUAAAAUAGUAAACUAUUGUGAUGAACUUUACAAAUUGAACAAACGAAUGGGCAAUAAUUUAAUAAAGUGCAUCGAUUUAAUGAAAGAAAUAAUGAUAAAUUUGUGCAAAGACAGGGAUGUGAAAAAAAAACUGCUUUGUGCUCUUAUAGAUGAUAUAGAUCAAAAUGAUGCUAUAGUUAAGUCGUUUUUACCAAAUACUUUAGAGAAACAUAUGGAUACUCUCAUUUCACGAAGUUAUUUAUAUACCCAAUUGAUGAAUAUAGAUCUUAAAAAAAAAAGAGAAGAUGAGAAAAAAAAAAAUUAUUAUGAAGAACAUUUUAUAAAUACCCGUGCUGUAAUUGUUGAUGAACUGCCAUUAACUGAGUUAGAAUAUUCAGAAGAAUUCAGAGUAAGUUGUGUUAGUUCGAUGCAAUUUAUAUUUAAUCGUGUCAACUACUGUAAACAGGAAUAUCUAAAAUAUAUGAGGGAAAAAAAUUGCAUUAAAAAAUUUCAAGAAUGUUAUGCAAUACAUCCCAUGAUAAUUUUUAUAAAUUCAUAUGAACAAAUCAGAACUGUUAAUACUUUACUAGGAAUUGAUAUAAACAAUUCCCCUCAUGUUUAUUUUAUAAAAUUAAAAAAAAUACACCCUUUAUUUUUGGAAAAAACACUAUCAGAAAGAUACUAUUGUAGAAUGACAAACUUAAAUAAAAAUGUGAAACAAGUUAUAAAAAAAAUGACACACAACUGUAGUGGAGAUAUACGGUCUUGUUUUAAUACUCUCGAUUUACUAAAUCGAAUUCCAAAUUUGGGUAAUAUGUCCCUCGAAGAAAUAUAUGACAUUACACUUUUGUGUCAAAAUGAUAUUUUUUCUUUUGCAAGAAAGGUGUUGUAUCGAGACAUAGGAUCAGGUGUAACCUCGAUGAAUUAUUUGUCAAGCUCAGAUUCUUUCAACUUUGACGUGAGUUGUAUAAAUUUGAAUAUCGACAAUUUGCACCAAGACAUACCAAACGCGAGGGAAACACUUGAUAACUCUUGCUUAUUUUCAUCCAAUCAAAGUGAGAGAGGAAUGAAUCAUUUCAUGGAAAAAGGAUCGGAGAAUUGUACAAAUGGACUGAGAGUUGUCACCAAAAUGUCGAUAAGUAGCGAUAAGAAUAAUGAAUAUCAGAUGAUUGGUUUAAAUAAACAACAUGAAGAAAAUAAUCAUAGAGAACAAAAAAACUACAUGAACUUUUUCAAAGAAUUAGAUGAUAAAGCAGAUAUGAUGAGUAUAUCAGAAAAGUUCCAAGUUUUAUCCUUGUUAAAAGAAAAUUUUAUAUAUUUUUAUAACAGUUUAUCAGAUAUAGCCAGAUUAUUUUCGAACCUAAGUAUUAUUAAUCACUCUUUUCGUGGAAUUGAUUGCUCAAAUUUUUUAAUGAGAAAAGCACACGAAAAUAUGAGUGAUGAUGUAGCAAGAUUUACAAAUGAACAUUUCAGAUUAACUUAUAGAUAUUAUAUAACCUGUAAUAGUAACCCUCGAAAUCCAGCAGAUAACAUGUCAAUAACGAACGAUGUACAGAACAAAUCACAAGAAGAAUUAAUUAAAGGAAAAAAAAAUAAAAUAAAUCAUUGUGCAUCCAACCCUUGUCAAGUUAAAAUGUUUUUCUCACUUAAAACGAAUUCCAUGAAUAAAUAUUAUUAUCAUUUUAGCCUAGUCAGAAAAGAAUUAUAUGAUAGAUAUAUUAUGAUUGUGCUUCGGAAAAUAAUGAAUCAAAAUGUGAAUAACACGGAUGAUGUUGCAACAAGAUAUCUGUUUUUUUUACGCGGAAAUUACGAAUUGUUUUCAAGUUUUUUUCCAUGCUAUAUAUUACUUAUUAUACAUUUCUGGAAUAGUCAAUACUCAUGUGAGUAUAAUGUAGUGGAGGAAAAGAACGAUGAAAACUUGUUUUGCUGCAAGUCUAAAAACGACACACUCUCAAAUGACAGAUUUUAUUUUAACAAAUUCUGCGAAAUAAUAUAUCAUUUCAAUCCACACACCCCUGGAAAUAGAAAAGGACAGGAACAUAUCACGGAGAUUAUUUCAUUUGUGGAAUCGUUUAUUACUCCAAAAUUUAUAGCUCUUUUUUUCCCGUCUUACUUGAAAUACCUAAAAAACGGAAUAAGGCAAAAACAAAAUGUCAGGAACUUCCUUGGCAAUCAGGCUGUGUCCACAGAAACAUAUUUUGAAAUGAGGAAUGUGCUUCGCCUCCACGACAUGGAGCUGUACAGCUAUUUCUUCAACUAUUAA